UGCCAUACGCGUCUCGAUGGGGAAAGCAAUGACGCUUUACGUCCUCCUAACAACGGAAGUGUGCUACAUCCAAACAAGCUCUCUUCAUGUGAGGCUAGCUGCUGUCCCCCCGGGAGCUGCCUAUCAACGAAACGUUAGAGACUGAAAUUACUGCACCCUACAUCAGACAUGGAGACAGACUCUUCGCUGCUCACCUCUGAAAUGGAGCAGCUUAAACAAGAGGAACUAUAUCAUCAACUUCUUAUGCAGACAAUGGGCGAGGUGCAGCAUCCAAAACCAGACUCCCGAGUCAUCCGGCCUGAGCCAGGGAUGUGCGUGAAAACCUCGUCCAUUCUCGACGAACAGAAGGUCUUUGUGAACAUCUGUCAAUCUCCUGCGGUCCCACCCCCUCCCCAUAUCUCUAACGAGGAGCUGCUGGAGCUCCUGCAGUCAGAUGACCCGACGGCCUACAGAGUUCCCAUGAGUCUCGGAGAGCCUCACACCGAGCUGGACAACAAUUCUCAAGGUUGCACAGCCUAUGAUGUGGUCAUCAACAAUGAAUUCUUCCAGAAAUGCCAGAAGGAUCCCCUGUUCCUGCAGUUCGUGAUCGCGGUGUCUUUUGAAGGGCUUGAAAACAAGUAUUCAGUUGAGCUGAGCCGAGAGUGGAAGGUGAUGAAGAACCGGAAGUUUCUCGGCUCCAUAAGCGAACAGAACAUCAGGACCCAGAGCAAGCCGAGCAUCCAGGAGCUAAGCCCAUCGGACUCACACACAGCACCUACAGAAGCCAAACGUCCAGAGUUUUGCCUUAUAGUGGAGCCCCCUAUUGGUGACCCUGAGUACCUGAUCGCAGAGAUUCAGCUUCCUGGAGUGACGUCCUCUCGCUCGCUGCUCCUGGACCUGGGGGAGGACAGGCUGGUGCUGACGGCUCGGCCUUCUCUCUUUCACCUGGACUGCUACUUUCCACUCAACAUUGACCCUGAAACCAGCGCAGCCCAGUACAACAAAGACACACAGAUUCUCACAGUGACAAUGACAGUGGUCCCUUCAUGAAGAAAGUGAAAUCAUUUUAUUUAUUUUUUUUUGUUCAAUAAAUAUUUUUUCAUGUUGAAAA